CAGUUUUGUUUCCUGAAACAAUAAUGUGGAGAGGGCUGGACAAGACACUCCUUAAUACUGAAUACUGUACCAUACCAUACCGUAUAGUUUGUCUGAGCUACUGCAGCACAUAGAGACGAGGGAUUAUUUACAGCUUACUCCACCCUGUCCAUCAUGUCUGCCAUCAUCUCCAGUCUAACUAACGACCAGAGAAAGAAGCUCCUCUCUCUGUUCAACCAUGCUCAGCUGCACUUGCUGUACAAGGCCUCUGUCCAUGGUUUUGCUGCAAAUCAGUUCCACUUUCGCUGUGACAUACAGGGCCCCACCAUCUGUGUGGCUUACAACAACUCUGGGUUUGUCUAUGGAGCAUACACCUCUAAGGACUAUGCUCAAAGUAACCAAAAUAUCGUUGAUGAGCGUGCAUUUCUGUACAGCAUCAGUCCAGACAGACCUCAGCCAAUCCGGGUCGGCGUAAACGCUGGUCAGAAUGCCUUUUUAGAUGGAAACACUGGUCCAUACUUUUAUCCUUUACUGUUUUUAUAUAAUAAUUCAGCUGCAGUCACAAAUUCAGGAGGGGCGGCAUUUACCUUCAAUCCAGCUGAGUUGCACGGGAACGACAUGGCUUUGACUGAGUUUGAAGUGUAUCGAGUUGAAGAAUUGGAGGGAGCCCUGGACAAACCCUGGAGGAAUGUUGAAUGGAAUGAAGAUAAAAGGGAGUUGCUGAAGAAGCAGAUCCUGUCAUAUUGUCCAGAUGUGGGGGGUUUAAAGGAGGCACGGGUGCUAAUGGUGGGACCAGUCGGAGCAGGAAAAUCCAGCUUCUUCAACUCUAUCAACUCAGUGUUCAGAGGCAACAUAACGUCCCAGGCCAUCGCAGGGACGGCAGGGAAGAGCGUGACUGUUCAGUUUCGCACCUACACCAUAAAGGUGGGUAAAAGAGGGUCCCUUGUUCCCCUGAUUCUGUGUGACACGAUGGGGCUGGAGCAUGGCGAUGAUUCAGGUUUAGAUCCAGGUGACAUUAUCAACAUCUGCAAAGGACAUGUUCAGGAUCGCUAUCAGUUCAAUCCUUCCGCAUCGCUCCAGGAGGGGACUCCUGGCUACAGAAAACAUGUGACUCUCAAAGACAAGAUUCACUGUAUGGUUUAUGUGGUCGACGUGAGCAGAGUGUCCCUGAUGGAUCAGAAGAUGCUGGACAAGUUCCGCACCAUCCGAAAGAAAGCCAAUCAACUGGGUGUUCCCCAGAUUCUGCUAAUGACCAAAAUAGAUGAAGCUUGCCCUCUAGUGGAGAGAGACUUAAAGAACGUCUACCACAGCGUUUACAUCCAAAAGAAAGCUCGAGAAGUGAGUGAGUCUUUUGGCAUCCCUCUGUCUUGCAUUGUGCCAGUGAAAAACUACUGCACAGAGAUGGAGCUGAACCUGGAGGUGGACAUCCUGCUGCUGUCUGCGGUGAAGCUCAUGUUAGACUAUGCAGAUGGUUUCUUUGAAAACCUGCUGCCUGACGACCAGGAAGAAACCGACGUAUCAGAGCUCUAUGUUGAAUAAACAGAUUAUUAAAAUGGG